CUAAAGAGUAUGUUGUAUUUGUGUUUGUGUGCGUGCCUUUUCUGUGUAGGUGACAGAGAGUGUGGAUUACCUCUUUGUGUCCUGUGGACCUUUGCAUUCCUCAACUCUACAUGCGACUACAGCUCACAGGCCUACCAGCCCAACACAUAGCAAAGAAUGCUGUGUCAGUGGUUUCCUUUGACAGCAAAAUGCUUACAGGCAAGCCCGAGGGGCCAGCAGCGUUUCCAGGCUAUGCGAUGACCUGCUGGCUUUGGUCCAGGCCAACAGUGAUGACGAGAGGCUUUCUAUUGUGCUGUGAGCCUCUACGUUUGGCCUUUGCCAGAGUAUAAAAGCUUGGGUUGAGCGUUGAAGGGACCAGCACGAGCUAGCCUCCCUCAUACGGCACUGCAAGCUAUACUGACGCAGACUCUCCUGAAGCCCCUCACCAUGUCUCAGACUGCCAAGUCCGCCUCCAGCCAGGGCACUGAUGCCAAGGACAAGGGAGCCCCAGCUCCAGCUGCCUCCAGCAAGGCCACCAAGACCGGCGAGCCUGGCAUGGGAUCCUUCAGAAUCAUGCUGUUCGACCAGGAGAACUUCCAGGGCAGGAUGAUCGAGGUCCAGAAUGAGUGUAUGAACGUGUGUGACCGUGGCAUGGAUAGAGUGCGUAGUAUCAUUGUGGAGUGUGGCCCCUUUGUUGCCUUUGAGCAGACUAACUUCCGUGGGGAGAUGUUCAUCCUGGAGAAGGGAGAGUAUCCUCGCUGGGAUACCUGGAGCAACUCCUACCGCAGCGACUGCCUCAUGUCCCUCAGGCCCAUCCGAAUGGACAGCAUGGAGCACAAGAUCUGCCUGUAUGAGCUCUCUGACUUCAAGGGCAACAAGAUGGAGAUCCAGGAGGACGAUGUGCCCACACUCUGGGCGCAUGGCUUCUGCGACAGAGUGGGCAGCGUGAGGGUGCCAGGAGGAGCGUGGGUGGGUUACCAGUACCCUGGAUACAGAGGCUACCAGUACCUGUUUGAGUGCGGUGACUACAGACACUACAAUGACUUCUGCGCCUUCCAGCCCCAGAUCCAGUCCAUGCGCCGCAUCAGGGACAUGCAGUUCCACCAGAGAGGAUGCUUCACCUUCACCUCCGCCAGCAAGUGAAUGACAUCUGCUGGCUGCCCGGUGCUGUUGCAGCCAUGCAGCCCUCUCAGCUUUUUAUCUCUCCAAACAAGCCCUUUCUCCAGUCUCCAGUGCUUUCCUUUAUCUCCACAUCAUCGCUCCAUCCCAGAGGAAAGACAGAAUGAGAGCAAACACACUGGACAACAUUAAGUGACUUUUUAUGGUGCUAAAAAUAAACAUGUUGUGAAAAACCUAA